CUCCCCCGUGGCAAUUCAACUGCCCAACUCACCAUGGCUUCUCUGCUACCAUCUAUGGGGAUUGCAAUCGCCCUCCUCAUGGGGGUCUGGUUGAUGCGCAAAUUCAGCAAUUCACCACCGCAAGUGAUUGCCACCAUUCCUCCUUCCGUGCCUCAUCCGCUGAGCCAGAAACUCGAGGCUGCUCUACCGCAGAGGGUGUUACUACUCCAUCGUGACGGCGAGCAGUUCCGCCAAUCCAUCAACACCUACUUCUCCGGCCAGGCGCGCGACGUAGUGCAAGCCGCCAUUGUCCGACCGCGCACCGCGGAUGAAGUGGCUACUGCCGUUCACAUCAUCAAGGAGGAAUACGACCAGCAAUCAACCCCUCGUCAUGACACCGAGAAUGUGCUCUUCGCCGUACGCGGCGGUGGGCAAGCCCCAGUCGCGAGUAGUGCCACUGCCCGCGGCGGCGUACUGAUUGACCUCACCCACCUGCGCGAAGUGACCGUCGCGGAAGACCGACAGAGUGUCACCAUUGGGGCGGGAUGUGUCUGGGUAGAUGUGCUGCGCGUCCUGGACUCGAUGAAUCUGGGGGUAGUUGGGGGCAGAAGCGCCCCUCUCGGCGUAGCCGGGUUUACCUUGGGAGGUGGCAUCUCCUUCUACACACCUAGAUACGGCCUGGCCUGCUCCAACGUCCUCGCCUACGAGGUAGUUCUAGCCUCUGGCGAGAUCAUCACCGCCACCGCCACCUCGCAUCCCGAUCUCUGGACGGCCUUGAAAGGCGGCUCGAACAACUUUGGCAUCAUCACUCGUUUCACCAUGCACUGCUUCCCUUCCACCCCAAUCUGGACCGGAUCUGUCUUCGCCCCCGGCUUCGAGAUCACCAAAGCCCUGAACGCAUUCCACGACAGCGUCCAACGUCAGGCAGACACCGAGGUGGACCUCUUCGCCGCGCCCCCAAUCACCUGCUACACAUACAUCCAGGCGGUGCGCUUACGUGUAAUCACCAUCCAACUAGCCUACACCAAACCCCCAGAGCAACCCAACAAAUGGCCUCUCUUUUGGCAACAGUCGGGAUUUCUUCGCCUAUGGCGGUUCCGAAGCACCCAUUCUGUCCGAACCACCACCUCCGCCAUGGAAGAGAAUAUGAACCGCGAUAUCGUCGGCCAGCGGAACUCAUUCGGCACGACCACCAUUCACAAUGAUCUACCCACCAUCCUAGCCGCCCGCGAAAUCUUCGACGAAGCCAUGGGCUCCAUGCGAAAGAUGAAGGGGGUGUUUUUCACCAUGUUCAUGCAGCCCCUACUUCCCUCGUGGGUGGGCAAGGGCGAUCCUAAUAUCCUUGGCAUUCGCGAAAGUACAGAGAAACCUCUGAUCAUCGUUACUAUGUCCUUCACUUGGGCGUCAGCACAGAAUGACAGCUAUGUUGAGUCAGUGACGCGCCAGAUUAUCGAGAAGAUCGACGCGGUUGCCAAUGCCAAUGGUACUGGUCAUCCCUAUCGCUACUUGAACUACUGUGAGAAAUGGCAGCGACCGUUGGAGGGGUAUGGUGAGACGAAUUUGCAGUUUUUGCGAAAGGUCGGGAAGGAGUAUGAUCCUGAUGGACUCUUUCAGUGGGGUUGUGUUGGGGGUUGUAAGCUUGAUUAGAGAGAUCUUGAUGGAUGGGAUUCUUGAUUGAAGAACUAGGUAGAUGAAAUUGGUAGUUAGUCAGUAUAGGAUGGAAAUAUUAGCUUAUCAAAAGUCUGUAUAUACGGC